GCAGUUGGGCUGUGAUGUUGAUUUUGUGUUAUCACUUUCCCCUCAAGGUGUCAUUAGAACAGCAUUGCCAAACAUGGACAGAGAAGUCAAGGAGCAGUACCAGGUCCUCAUUCAAGCGAAGGACAUGGGAGGACAGCUCGGAGGACUCGCUGGAACUACCAUUGUCAACAUCACCCUUACUGAUGUCAAUGACAACCCACCUCGAUUCCCAAAAAGCAUCUUCCAUCUGAAAGUUCCCGAGUCCUCCCCUGUUGGCUCAGCUAUUGGAAGAAUAAGAGCAGUAGAUCCUGAUUUUGGAAAAAAUGCAGAAAUUGAAUACAACAUUGUCCCAGGAGAUGGGGGAAAUUUGUUUGACAUUGUCACAGAUGAGGAUACACAAGAAGGAAUCAUCAAAUUGAAAAAGCCAUUAGAUUUUGAAACAAAGAAGGCAUAUACUUUUAAAGUAGAGGCCUCCAACCUUCACCUUGACCACCGCUUUCACUCGGCUGGGCCAUUUAAAGAUACUGCUACGGUAAAAAUAAGCGUGCUGGAUGUGGACGAGCCGCCAGUGUUCAGCAAGCCCCUUUACACCAUGGAGGUUUAUGAAGAUACUCCUGUGGGGACCAUCAUCGGAGCUGUCACAGCACAAGACCUUGAUGUGGGCAGUAGUGCUGUUAGGUACUUCAUAGAUUGGAAGAGUGAUGGGGACAGCUACUUUACAAUAGAUGGAACGGAAGGAACCAUCGCCACUAAUGAAUUACUAGACAGAGAGAACACAGCACAGUAUAAUUUCUCAAUAAUUGCAAGUAAAGUUAGUAACCCAUUAUUAACAAGUAAAGUUAACAUACUAAUUAAUGUCCUAGAUGUCAAUGAAUUUCCUCCAGAAAUAUCUGUGCCAUAUGAGACAGCAGUGUGUGAAAAUGCCAAACCGGGACAGAUCAUUCAGAUAGUCGGUGCUGUAGACCGAGAUCUCUCACCUGCUGGGCAGCAAUUCUCCUUUAGAUUGGCACCAGACGCUGCCAUCAAACCCAAUUUUACAGUUCAUGACUUCAGAAACAACACAGCUGGAAUUGAAACCCAGAGAAAUGGCUACAGCCGCAGGCAGCAAGAGUUGUAUUUCCUUCCUAUUGUUAUAGAAGACAGCAGUUACCCUGUCCAAAGCAGCACGAAUACAAUGACAAUUCGUGUUUGCAGAUGUGACUCUGAUGGAACCAUCCUGUCUUGCAACGUGGAAGCAAUUUUUCUACCUGUAGGACUUAGCACUGGAGCUUUGAUUGCAAUCCUACUAUGCAUUGUUAUACUCUUAGCUAUUGUUGUGCUGUAUGUAGCACUGAGGAGGCAGAGGAAGAAAGACACCCUUAUGACCUCCAAAGAAGACAUCAGAGACAAUGUUAUCCAUUAUGAUGAUGAAGGAGGUGGGGAGGAGGACACCCAAGCCUUUGACAUUGGGGCUCUGAGAAACCCCAAGGUGAUUGAAGAGAACAAAAUUCGCAGAGAUAUAAAACCAGACUCCUUCUGUUUACCUCGUCAGAGACCACAAGUGGAAGACAACACAGACAUAAGGGAUUUUAUUCACCAAAGGCUACAGGAAAAUGAUGCAGAUCCAGCUGCACCCCCAUAUGAUUCCUUGGCCACUUAUGCUUAUGAGGGGAAUGGGUCAGUGGCUGAGUCACUCAGCUCCAUAGACUCUCUCACCUCAGAGGCUGACCAGGACUAUGAUUAUCUAUCAGACUGGGGACCCCGCUUUAAGGUCUUGGCAGACAUGUUUGGAGAAGAAGAGAGUUACAACCCUGACAAUGUUACCUAGGGGAGAAGGAAAGGCUGAUACAUAUCUAAAGGAGAAAGUUUUGAGAAAAAUAACACAAAUUACAUACAUACAUACAUACACACACACACACACACACACACACACACACACACACACUCCCAGAUUUUGCAGGACAAGACUUUUUUGAUUAUCCAGUUUCUAACAAGUUGCUCUAUUUAUCAUAUUGUCAUUUUGGUUUAUUCUGUAGACACAAGAUAAAUCCUAUAAUACGUACUUGCUUUGUUCUGUUUUGUUAUUUGGGAAACCCAUCGAGACGAGCUCAGGCCUAUUAAAUGCAAUUCACUGACAUGACAACCUAGAAUGAAGAUGGCUAUGUGGCGUCACAGUGGAAGAGUGUGCGAUUUUUCUUAAUUCCACUAAAGUGCCUAUUGAAACUCUUAUCAUUAUAGUGGUGUUCAUAACACUCUGCUGUGAUGGCUUUGCAGGAGUCAGAAAUAAGGAGGAGCAAAGCAGACAGUGUCUCUAUGUCAAGGAGCAAUAGUGAUAUGCUGACUCUCAUUUCUUUCAAGAACAGAGAAGAAUAAUUCCCAAGCUCCAUCUUCUUAUAUGGCAAUGCUUUUCCUUUUGUAAACUGUAAACUAAAAACAAUGCUUUUCCUAUUCUUUCUGAAACUGGAAUAAAUGAGACAUUAUUAAAUUCAA